UUCAAUUAGCGUUACUACUCUGCGAGAUGAAGAUCAUAGCAGUAAUCCUAUUGGCAAAUCUUGGCUGCAUCCUAUGUCAAGUUGAAAUUCUUAUCAACAAUGCUAACCGGCGGAUGCGAGAUUAUGUUGAAAAGUAUAAAAACAAAGCUACUGGAAACGCUGAACUCACCAAGUGGAUAGAAGACCUUUUCCAUAUUUACACCGAUAAAGACUACGACACUUUUCAAAGACUUUUAAAACUACAUACAUUUGUGGCAUACGAUGAGGACCGUAAACAGCUAGAAGAUAGAAUUACUGAGCGCAUUAACGAGCUCAAAACUCUUAUUCGCUUGAAAACAGGAGGUAAACGAUGUGUUAUGCACUACGAAAAAAAGCUAAGCUUAGUGCAAGGCGCAUAUAAAUUGCACAAUGAUAGGAAGCAACGCAUUUUGAUUGAAAGUGGUGGACCAUGUUCAAUCAUAGCUCGAAAAAAAAGAAAACAAGAUCCCUAUGAAGAUUAUAAUGAAAAUGAAAGCAAAAAAGAUGAUAAUGAAAAUUUUAAUGAUUAUUACUAAAGCCAAAACAAUGCUUGAUUUUUCAAAAAUCCAUGUAUUCAUGAAAAUUAUAUAUAAGCAGUAUAAUAAUUAAAGCUGUUUACAUUUUGGCAAUAAACUGUACUUAAUAUCCAAUACAAUUGAAUCAAA